AAUAAAACCAAACCAACCAUAAGCAAAAGUCUUCGUGUACAAAAAAUGGUGAAGAUCGAAGUUGGAAGUUUGGGUGACUCAUUCAGUGUUGCAUCUCUAAAGGCUUACUUGUCUGAGUUCAUCGCAACUCUUCUCUUCGUAUUCGCUGGCGUUGGCUCAGCUAUUGCGUUUGGCAAGCUAACCUCAGAUGCAGCCUUGGACCCAGCUGGUCUUGUAGCGAUUGCGUUGGCUCACGCGUUUGCCUUGUUCGUUGGCGUUUCAAUAGCCGCUAACAUCUCUGGUGGCCACCUUAACCCGGCUGUGACUCUCGGUCUUGCCGUUGGAGGAAACAUAACACUCAUCACAGGCUUCCUCUAUUGGAUCGCUCAGUGUCUUGGCUCCAUCGUUGCUUGCCUUCUCCUUGUCUUCGUUACCAAUGGCGAGAGCGUACCAACACACGGAGUAGGAGCCGGUUUAGGAGCGGUCGAAGGUAUCGUGAUGGAGAUCGUUGUGACCUUUGCUUUGGUCUACACAGUUUACGCCACAGCGGCUGAUCCAAAGAAAGGAUCGCUAGGAACCAUCGCUCCAAUUGCUAUUGGUUUCAUCGUUGGUGCCAACAUCCUCGCUGCUGGUCCAUUCAGUGGUGGCUCCAUGAACCCUGCUAGGUCCUUUGGACCAGCUGUUGUUAGUGGAGACUUGUCACAGAUCUGGAUCUACUGGGUGGGUCCACUCGUCGGUGGUGCACUCGCUGGACUCAUCUACGGUGACGUGUUUAUCGGUUCUUAUGAAGCUGUAUAGAAACCCGCGAGAUCCGAAUCUAAUUAACCGGGUUUUUGUCAUGGCUUGAUGUUUUGUUUGCUUGUAUGGUUUGAUGUUUUGUUUGCGUGUGUAUGUUUUGGUGUCCAUUUUUUUCGAAUAUUGUAUGUAAAAAAGAAAAAAAAAACGUCUUGUUGAUAAUAAGAAAAUGUAUAUAAAUUCCACUU